AUGUAUCAGCAAGAAGAUAUUGUUAAGAUUUCAACCAAAAAUGAAAGAAUGUUUGCAAUCCGUGUAAAAUCAGGUUAAAGUAAUCUUGUUUAUUAAUAAAUCAAUUAGUCAACAUUAAACAAUAUCGGUGCCUGACUAGAUUAAAUUCUUAAUAAUACUUCCGAUGCUAUUGUUGUUAAUUAUUAUAAACUCUUCAAAAAUUAAUUGUUUCGAUAUUCUGAUAAUUUUCCUUUACUUAAAGUUGAAAUUCAAAUAACUCUAUCAUCAUAAAUAAUCAUCAAUCUAAUUUAAUAACAAAUUGUAGGAAUGGAUGAAUACACUAUAAAUAAAAUAACAAAAAAACAAACUGCAAAGAUAAAAAUAAUAGAAGGCGAGGUUGAAGAAAUUGAAAAAUGUGAACAUUAAUAUUUUGAUAUUAAUGGAAUCAAAAUUAUUAAAUGAUAACUAGGGCUCAUUAGCAUUCGUUGGCAAUAGUGAUGCAAAAGUUAUUUAUAUAGAACCAAGGAUACAUUCAUAUACAUAUCCAUAAAAAAAGAUCACAUCCUGUUAUGGAUUAAUAGAAGAUUAUUCAUUUAAAUAAAAUGAGAUUUGUUUCGCAAUCUCUCUUGAUAAAAGUUCUUUAGCAUUUAGAUGA